CCAGUGGGUGAGACCCUGCAAAAGGCCACAGAUGGCUCUCUGCAGAGUGAAGACUGGACACUUAACAUGGAGAUCUGUGACAUUAUCAACGAGACAGAAGAAGGUCCAAAGGAUGCCAUUCGAGCACUGAAGAAGAGGCUGAAUGGAAACAAAAAUUACAGAGAGGUCAUGCUGGCGCUGACGGUGUUGGAGACCUGCGUGAAGAACUGUGGCCAUCGCUUUCAUGUCUUAGUGGCAAACCGUGACUUCAUAGAUGGUGUUCUGGUGAAAAUCAUCUCGCCCAAGAAUAAUCCCCCCACUAUUGUACAGGAUAAAGUACUAGCACUGAUUCAGGCUUGGGCUGAUGCCUUUCGAAGUAGCCCUGAUUUAACUGGAGUAGUGCAUAUUUAUGAAGAACUCAAGAGGAAAGGCAUAGAGUUUCCCAUGGCAGAUCUUGAUGCUUUGUCUCCAAUACACACACCACAGAGGAGUGUUCCUGAAGUCGAUCCUGCAGCAAAUAUGCACAAUUCACAGUCUCGGCAGAGGAUGAGCACCAGUUCUUAUUCUUCAUCUUCUCCAACGGCAUACUCUGCUCCUCAGGCCCCAGCUCUGAAUGUGACUGGUCCCAUCACUGCUAAUUCUGAACAGAUUGCCCGGCUGCGCAGUGAACUGGAUAUUGUUCGUGGGAAUACAAAAGUGAUGUCUGAAAUGCUGACAGAAAUGGUACCUGGACAAGAGGAUUCCUCAGACCUGGAGUUACUCCAGGAACUGAACCGAACCUGCAGAGCUAUGCAGCAGAGGAUCGUGGAGCUUAUCUCACGAGUGUCCAACGAAGAAGUCACAGAGGAACUACUGCAUGUGAAUGAUGAUUUAAAUAACGUCUUCCUCCGAUACGAAAGAUUUGAACGAUACAGAUCAGGACGUUCAACACAAAACGCCAGCAAUGGAGUACUGAACGAGGUGACAGAAGAUAACUUAAUAGAUCUGGGUCCUGGCUCUCCAGCUGUAGUGAGCCCAAUGGUUGGAAACUCAGCACCCCCAUCUUCACUUUCCUCACAGCUUGCGGGGCUUGACUUGGGUACAAACAGUGUCAGUGGCACACUCAGCUCUCUACAACACUGUAAUCCUCGUGAUGACUUCGACAUGUUUGCACAGACAAGAGGCAGUUCCUUGGCUGAGCAGCGAAAGAACGUGACGUAUGAGGAUCCACAGGCUGUCAAAGGACUAGCGUCUGCGCUGGACGUUCGAAAACAGAACACAGGAGGGAUCCCUGUUGCACAGUCCUCUGUCAUGGAUGACAUUGAGGAGUGGCUCAGUACCGACUUGAAAGGAGACGAACUGGAAGAAGGAGUGACCAGUGAAGAGUUUGACAAAUUUUUAGAAGAGCGAGCCAAAGCAGCGGAGAUGGUUCCCAAUCUGCCAUCCCCUCCCCUGGAAGCCCCCACCCCUCCGACAAACCCUUCCAGCAGGAAAAAGCAAGAGCGCUCGGAGGAUGCUCUCUUUGCACUGUGAAGAUCGCUCUUAGCCGCCCUCCCACCCCGUGCUCUGCAGGCGAAUGUCGCGGUACGGGCACUUCGUCCUCCCACAGUCCUUGGCUAACAACAGUCCCCUUCCCCCCGAUUUCAUAGAUUGCUUCUCCUUCCCCCCCUCCCCAAACUAUCCACCCCCACAAGCUGACUCUUUCUAUUUAAGUCCAACACUAUUCCUGCCAGACCACGAUUCUUGAGCACUCGCUUAAUCCCCUCCUUCCUAUCCCAGCUGCACAAAACCAGCUCUUGAUGCUGAAAACCCCUUUAGAAUGCAUGAGUACGUCACACUGUGUUGAAACAAAAGCCCGGAGGGGAGAGAGCAGCCUUGCCCUUCAAUUUAUGUAGGGAUCAUCCUCUUCUGUAGGCAGGUCCUGCCAAGUAGACUGCUCUGUCGAUCAGCAUGUAAUUGACUGAGCUGGAACGUUCAGGAGGAGUGUGGCUUUAUUUUUAGAUAAAAUGUUAAUGUAUUGGCUUUCGUGUCGGAUUCGACAGCAAGGAACAACUGUUCCCCUUUCAACAUGUGCUUCACAAGUUAAAAUCCUUUACUCUCCCACUCACACAUCUCCUGGUACCAUAUGGUGGUUGCUUUUCCCCACUUUGUGCGGCACUUCAUAUUCUAAAUCUCACAGGGUAUUUUUUUCCUUGUGUUUUAUCUGGGCUUGCUCUAAUUCAAAAGCAGUCUGUUGGCCGUGUCCAGUAGCUCUGGCAGUUGACGGGAAGGAAAAACGCUGAGCUACAUGGAUGCUGUAACGUUAGUGCACGAAGC